UGGCUGCAGACGCUGGAGGAUACGUUAAGUUCAUUGCCAUAUUGUGAGUGUCCAUAAACAACGAGCCAUGCCUACCGUGGUGUUAAUGGACGUGUCUUUAUCCAUGACACGGCCCGUGUCACUUGACGGCAGUGAGGAGUUUCAGAGGAAGAACCUGGCUGUCCAUGGGCUCAACAUGCUAUUUGAACACAUGGCCUCAAACUACCGCAUGGAGUUCACAUCUCUGAUGGCCUUUUCCUCCCUCUGGGAGCUCUUGGUGCCUUUCACCAGAGAUUAUAAUGCAUUACAGGAGGCUCUGAGCACAUUGGAAGACUAUGAUAAGACGUGUAUUGAAGCGGCUCUUCAUGGUGUCAGCAAUGUUGUCCAACAGGAGUGGGGCACCACCUGUUCCUGUCAGAUGGUGCUGGUUACUGAUGGAUCACUUGGUAUCGGAAAGGGUUCUCUACGUCACUCCCUAAAAACAAUGAAGCAACGUGGGGACGACAAGAAGUUCCCACUUCCUUUCCCUUUCCCUACUAAAGUGUAUAUCAUGUGUGUAGCCAGUGCAGAGGAGUUACAAAUGACUGAUGCCAUGGACAACUUGGAGGAGCUACUUCGCCUCAGUGGAGGCGAUGGACAAAUAUUCACUAUGGAGGGACCGCUUUGCAUGAAGAAUGUACAGGCUAUGUUUGGGAGGCUGAUAGAUUACGCAUACUCUCCUUUCCAUGCGGUCCUUCAUUGUGGGAAUCUGUCCUCAGACGUUCAAGUGUUCCCUCGUCCUGAGCCUAUUGUGGUGGACGAAGAGGUGGACCCCAUGCCACGAACAGUUAGUACAGAUUUGGAAAUUGUAGGCUUUAUUGAAAUAGGUGAUAUUUCCAGUCCUCCUGCUGUAUCCAGACACUUGGUACUGCCUAUUGCUGUAAACAAAGAGGUGGAUGAAGUUGGCACAGGAGCCACAGACGAGCUCGAGGACGAACCCUCUGCCAGUCAGAUGGCAGGCAAAAAUCCAAACUUCUGUGUGCUUUUACAUGGCAGUCUGAAAGUUGAGGGCAUGGUGGCACUGGUUCAGCUGGGGCCAGAGUGGUAUGGCAUAUUGUACUCUCAAGCAGACAGUAAGAAGAAAUCAAACUUGAUGAUGUCUCUGUUUGAGCCUGGUCCAGAGCCUCUGCCUUGGCUGGGCAAGAUUUCAUAUUUAGGACCCAUCUCAGAGGCUGCUGAAAAUCCCUAUGGUGAGGAUGACAGUAAAAGUCCUUUUCCCGUGCAGCCACACAUCAAACGAAGCUAUGCUCAGAAUAUUACUGUGUGGAUAAAGGCCAGUGGACUUCAGACUGAUGUGCAGAAGAUUCUGAGGAAUGCAAGGAAACUACCAGACAAAACACAGACCUUCUAUAAGGAGCUCAACCGUCUGCGUAAGGCUGCGUUGGCUUUUGGUUUCUGGGAGCUGCUGAAGGGGGUGGCUGAUUUGCUGGAGAGAGAGUGCACCAUGUUGCCCGACUCAGCCCAUCCUGAUGCUGCAUUCCAGCUUUCCCAUGCCGCACAGCAGCUCAAACUGGCAAGCACAGGUGACUCUCAGUACGCUGCCUUUGAUCACAACAUUGCCCCCAUGCACACUGACUUCUCCAGCUAAUCCAUGCCUGAAUUUACAAGUGGACUGAAGUGUACCUGGCUUAGCAUGUGUGGAUUUAUGUGGAGACAACACCUAUGGUGUGUUGAAUGCUGUUAGGACCCAAGCAGCUUCAGGAGAUGUCAUGAUGGAAAACUGAUAACUCCUCUGUGGCACUGUCUAACAUGACAAUAUGUAGAUAGGACAUAUUUGUAAAAAUGUUUGUGUACAUAUUUUUUUACAUGUUAGUUUGCAGGAUGCUUUUUCACUUAUUAAUGUACAUUUAAAUUCAAUUCACUGUCAAAUAACUGGGGACUUCAGUUUGCUUUCAUGUUGAGAUAUUUAUCAGAAAUAACACAUCACAUCAAGGAUUGAGAAUAAAAUAUUCUUUCUAGCAGGUUAUCGUUAAAAAGGGUACCAUUUAUUUUAGAAAUCACCACUAAUACAGUUUUUCCCUGAGGUUUGUGUGACAGCUCAGAUAAAUGGAGUAACAAAUACGUUUGUCAAAUGUUGUUUCCCUUUACACUCAUGCAAAAAUACUGUUAAUUAAAUGACCAGCACUUGUUGCAAUUUUUAAACCAAGAAACCACUCCAUUAAAAAAAAACAAGAUCACACACAUACACCACUCUAUAUUCUAUCAAAGUAUAACAAUACAGGUUUUUUUUUGUUUUUUUUUACUAAUUUAAUCAAUCAAUGAGAGGAAAAUGCUUCAUAACAUCAGAUAUUUUAUGGGAUCAUUUCAGACAUACAGGCAGCAAAGGUGUACGAGGACUGUUGCUGGAGCUGAAUUUAAUAUGCCUUCCUCUUCUUGGUACGGAAACAACGCUUUCUCUGCUUGUAUAGAUGACGAAAGUUGAACAAAAGUCCUGAGGAUAGCAUGGGACGAGAAGAUUGUUGUUGAAAAAGGCUGACAAAUGGAUUUGAAUAUGACAAAUAUUUAUUUCUGCUGACUUACCUAGAAACAGGAGAACAAGGUAAACAUACAGGACGUAAGAGAAGUUGAUGGAGGUGCCAAUAGCUUUGGGCAGUGGAAUGCUCAAGAGUUCAGUCUUGUAGAAGUGAGGAAUGGAUUGUAUGACAGCAACAGCUACAUGACAAUGGGAGGUAAUAUACAUUUUAGCAUAGGUAUGUGGACAAUUCUACUAUAUCAAUUCAGAGAGAAGUGAGGAAGCUCACCUUCAGCUACAACACCAAAUGGGUAUAGUGGCAUCCAUAUUGUGUAACGCAGCCAGGUAAGGGUUUUCCACUCUGUAUUAAAACAACCCAGCAUGUAAAAUGGAUACCU